AUGCCCAUUUUUGAUCGAACCUUCUUCUCUCGACCAUUAUCUAUCCUCUAUAACCCAUUUCCGGCGCUCUUUGCCCUCUUCCUCCUCUCGGCCUCCUCGCUAGGCAUCCGACUCCUACUGAGCUCGACCACUCCUCGAAAAGUACUACCAACGAAAAUGUCGCCAGAAUCCACCAAGAUGGCGCCCAGAAAGAAGAUCGCCAUCAUGACUUCGGGCGGCGACUCCCCCGGCAUGAACGCCGUCGUACGCGCCUGUGUCCGCAUGGCCAUCCACAUGGGCUGCGACGCCUACUGCGUCUACGAAGGCUACGAGGGUUUGGUUCGGGGCGGUGAUCUCAUAAAGAAGAUGGACUGGUACGACGUGCGCGGUUGGCUCUCAGAAGGUGGUACCUUGAUCGGUACCGCUCGCUGCAUGGCUUUCUACGAGCGCGCUGGUCGUCUUACUGCCGCCAAGAACAUGAUCCUCAAUGGCAUCGAUGCCCUCAUCAUCUGCGGAGGAGACGGCUCCCUUACCGGUGCCGACAGGUUCCGUGCUGAGUGGCCUUCGUUGCUGGACGAGCUGGUCUCUACUGGCGAGCUGACGGCCGAGCAAAUUCACGCUUACAAGCACCUCAACAUCGUUGGUAUCGUCGGUUCCAUCGACAACGAUCUGUCUGGUACAGAUGCCACCGUUGGCUGCUACUCGGCUUUGGCGAGAGUUUGCAUGUGUGUCGAUCUGAUCGAGGCUACCGCUUCUUCCCAUUCCCGUGCCUUCGUCGUUGAGGUCAUGGGCAGACACUGCGGUUGGCUAGCUUUGAUGGCAGGUGUCGCGACAGGCGCAGAUUUUAUUUUUAUUCCUGAGAAACCUAGGGAGGACAACUGGAGAGAGGAGAUGUGCAACGUUGUUCAGGAACAUCGUAAGCUUGGAAAGCGCAAGACGAUUGUCAUUAUCGCCGAGGGUGCCCUCGACAAGUUCGGAAACAAGAUUUCAUCCGAGCAAGUAAGAGACCUCCUCGCCGACAAGGAUGGCCUCGCCCUCGAUACCCGUAUCACUACUCUCGGCCACGUUCAGCGCGGUGGUACCGCCGUCGCAUAUGACAGGAUGCUUGCGACCCUCCAGGGUGUCGAGGCCGUCAAGGCUGUCCUGGAAGCCACCCCCGAGACCAAGACUUGCUUCAUCGCCAUUACCGAAAACAAGAUUGUCAGGAAGCCCCUGAUGGAAGCGGUGCUGGAUACCAAGGAGGUCGCCAAGGCGAUUGAAAGCCAGGAUUUUGACGGAGCCAUGGCUCUUCGUGAUGCCGAGUUCUCGGAGCAGUACAAGUCGUUCAUGAUGACAACUGCAGGCCAGAUUGAUCACGAGACGAUGCUGCCAGAAAAGGAGCGCAUGAAAAUUGGCUUUAUCAACGUCGGGGCCCCCGCUGGUGGUAUGAAUGCCGCCGUCCGAGCUGGUGUGGCGUACUGCUUGUCUCGUGGCCACGAGCCCAUUGCGAUCCACAACGGCUUUGCAGGCUUUGCGCGCCAUCAUGGCGAUUCCCCAGGCGCAGUGCGGCCCUUCGACUGGCUCGAGGUAGAUGGCUGGGCCAGCAAGGGCGGUUCUGAGAUCGGUACCAACCGUGAACUCCCGAGUGAGUCUGGUAUGGAAACUAUCGCCAACCUCAUCGAGCAGUACCAGUUCGAUGCCCUGUUCCUAAUCGGCGGCUUCGAGGCUUUCCACGCCGUCGAGGAACUGCGCAAGGCCAGAGAGCAGUACCCAUCUCUGUGCAUUCCCAUGACGCUGCUCCCAGCGACCAUCUCCAACAAUGUUCCCGGCACUGAGUAUUCCCUCGGUUCCGACACCUGCCUUAACGAGCUUGUCGACUAUUGCGACAAGAUCAAGCAGUCUGCGUCUGCCACCCGCAGACGUGUCUUCGUCAUUGAGACACAGGGUGGCCGUUCCGGUUAUGUCGCGACCCUUGCCGGUCUCGGCGUUGGUGCCUCGGCUGUUUACCUUCCCGAGGAGGGGCUCAGCUUGGAUAUGCUCAGCGAAGAUGUCCGUCAUUUGAAGGAGGUGUUCGCUCAAGACAAGGGACAGAGCAGAGCCGGUCGCGUUAUCUUGAUCAACGAGAAGGCCUCCAAGGUCUACAACGCCAAGCUCAUUGCCGAUAUUCUCCGCGACGAGGCCCAUGGCCGUUUCGAAAGUCGUGAGGGUAUCCCCGGUCACAUGCAGCAGGGUGGUGUUCCCUCGCCCAUGGACCGUUGCCGUGCUGUCCGCCUGGCCAUCAAGUGCAUUCAGCAGCUUGAGAAGUAUGGACGCAACGUGCACAACCGCGUCAAGACCGAUCCUAUGAGCGCUAGCGUCAUCGGUAUCAAGGGAGCGAGUGUCGUCUUCACACCGAUCCAGAAGUUGGCGGAGGAGGAGACCGACUGGCCCAACAGACGCCCCAAGGCUGCCUUCUGGCUUAGUAUGAAGGAGAUUGUUGACAUCCUUGGAGGCCGUCCGCGACACACCUUGCCUGAGCCCGAUCUUACGGGAGUCAAGGCUAAGGAUGUGAAGCGUGGGCUUGAGCCGGCUCAGUAA